UAUAAACGUCAAACGCAAAAAUUAAUUUGGAGUUAGACAUUUCUUUGAUUUAGCAGGUGUGUUGCGAGUGUUGACAACUAUCAGACAAAAAUUUGUUUGAUUAUAAAAUAAAUGUUUUGAACUAGUAUGAAUAAUUUGUUCAAAUUAUUGCAAAAACCUUUGAAUAGCGCGGUACGACAACGUCAAUGCUUAUCAAGACGUUUUUAUGCCGCUCCGGCCAGGCGAUUUUACAGAAAUACUUCAGUUGUCUGCAAUAAUGGUAAAUACGAAGUGAUAUUGGAUCAGCGAAAACUGAAGACACCGAAUGGCACAAUAUUCACAGUGAAUAGUGAACCACUUGCGAUUGCUGUAGCGAAUGAAUUUGAUAGCCAGCUAGAAUAUAUCGAACUCUCCAAAAUGCAUUUAAGUCUUUUAUGCUUUACAGCAUUGGACAAUCCGAAUAAGCUUACCAAAAUGAAUAUUGUGGACUAUUUAUUGGAUUACAUUGCAACAGACACUAUUUUGUAUCAAAGUGAGAAUGAAAAGCAUUUAGUGGAGCUAGAAUUUAACGAGUGGGAUCCAGUUCUAAAAUGGUUUAAUAAGCGUUUCAAUACGAAUAUACAGAAGACACUGAAAUUAACUCCGCCACUAAUCUCAGCAGAGGAUAAACUGAAAAUAUCGAAAUAUUUGUCAUUAUAUAGCCUGGAAACUCUUCAUGGUAUUGCCUUCGCUGUGGAUACAUUAAAAUCCGUAAUACUCGCCUGUGCUGUGAUAGAACAACAGCUAAUUAACGAGAAAGCAGUGGCACUUGCACUACUUGAAGAAGCAUACCAGUUGAAAUUCUGGGGACGUAUCGAGUGGGCACAUGAUCUAAGUCAACAGUAUGUACGAUCACGUUUAGCGGCGGCAGCACUUUUUGUACGUUUAAAUCGUUCCGAAUCCUUUCUUUAGUCAAAAAUAAUGUUUUAGUAUUCUUUAAUUACACCAUUUUAUCUAUAUUAUGUAUUAUAUCUUAGUAUAACCGCUUUAAUUAUUAAAUUUUUAA